AUGUGCGGCGCUGCGGAAGCCGUGGGCUGCCGCCGCGUCGUGGCCGGCCCGGGUCGGCUAAGGGGCGGCAAAACACGGCCGUCUGCAGGCAGCCCGUCCCUGCUGGUACUGCCUGACUACUGCCCACUGACGUCGCGGCCUGUUCGGGCCAGCGGGGAAACCAUGAUGCCACUGAAGGAGCUGGGCCUGCGGCGGCUGUGGAGCGGGCUGCGCGCGGGCCGGGCCGAAGCGGCCAACGGCUCCGGCACGGGGUCGGGGACCAGGGACUCGUCGCUGUCGCCCUGCGGGGACCCGCAGAGGCCAACUGCGCCCGCCGGCGGACUCCCGCUGCUCCAGGUAUGGCCGAGCCAGGACUCCCCGCGGGGCGAGGCGGACGGCCAGAGCUUCGUGUUCCCCUCGGAGGAGCCGGGCUCUCCGCUGGCGCUGGUGCCCAGCGUGGUGGCCGCCGCCCGCGACGACGAGCCCGGCUGCUGCGACGCCUCCGCCAACCAGCACGACUCGGGCAUCGACUCCGUGCAGGUGAGCAAGCGCGUCGCCACCGCUGUUUGCCGGGGAGGGAAUUCGACCGCCUGUUCGCCUUCGCCUGGACCCAGGAGGCCGUCCAGCGCGUUGCUGCACCCCGACCACGCCAGGCUGCUGUCGCUGCAGCUGCCCCAGCGGUGCUCGCCAGAGCUGCAGACGCUGGAGGACCACUCGGCGGCGUCGGCGCCGCUGUCCUGCUCGUCGUCGUCGGCGUCGUCGCUGACGAGCGUGGCGGCGGCGUCGGGCCCCGGCGCGGCGCUGCCGGCGGCGUUCGGCGGCAGCUACCACGGGCUGUGCGGCCUCAACGGCGCCGCCUGCUCGUCGCGCACCUCGGACAGCGGCGGCGUGGCCGGCGAGCGGCGGCGCAGCUCUGCGCGCUACUCGCUGCUCGACGCGCUCGACCUGGAGUACGCGCUGCUGCGCGCCGCCGCGCGUGGCUCCGUGGGGCCGUACUCGCUCAGCGAGUCGCUGCACAAGCUCACCUUCACGCAGAGCCUCGCCUUCCCGGCGCUGGCGCGCGGCCUGGCCGGCAAGCGGCGCCGCAGCGACCAGCGCGGGGGCAGCGGGUCGGCCGCAGGGCGCGGGGGUGGCGCCGGGGGCGGACCGCCCCUCGGCCGCGACGGCGAGUCGGGCCUCAACGCCUUCGCCAAGGUCGUCACGGCGCUCGUCCUCGUACUCGUCAGCGUCCUCGUCUUCGGCGUCGUCUACAAGUUCGUGCGCACGUGA